UUAAAUAAAAAGCAAACUGAAAAAAAGACUAGUUCUCUUUCCGAAGAACAACCUGUUCCAAUAACAAAACAUGCAAACGAGAGAGUCACAAAGAUCUUUCUCUGUUCACUAGAAAAAAUAAACUCAGUUUUUUCUCUUCUUUUAUUUGUUCCUGUUUUCUGGGACGUGUUCUUAUCUUAUCUUUAUUCAAGGGUUUCUUGAAAUUUUUUGUGGGGUUAUUCUUAUUGGAGCUGGGUGUAAUUGAACUGGAAGAUGAGAAUCACUAUUCGUUCUCUACGCCAAUUGGGUCAAACUUUUCAUAGGCAAAGUAGUGUUGUUAAGAUCAAUAAUCUUGUUGCAGAAAUACCAUGUUGCUUUGAAAACAAUUGUCAAAUUCAUAGUUCAGCUUAUAAAGUUCCUGAUCAUGCUGAACCCAAUUUAUUAAAGAUUCAUCCAUUUAUUACAACAUCCACAAGAUCUGUUUCAGCUGAUGCUGUUAAGCUCACAAAUGGAGAAACUACCAGAAGCGGCCCUCUUGUCGAGUACGAACGAAGAAUUGCUAAUGGUGAUUUGGUAGAUGGUGAUAGUUGCCAGGUAGAGACAGUGACUGAACUUCAGAGACUCUAUGAUGAGCUAGUUGAGUAUGUCGAUGAAUGCCAAUUGGAUCGCAAUUCCGAAAAACCUGUAAGACACGGGUGGCUAUGGUCUCGUCUCUUGUCACAUCCUUCUCAUUCUCCUGUAAAAGGUUUAUAUCUUUAUGGAGGAGUAGGCACUGGUAAAACUAUGCUGAUGGAUCUGUUUUUUGAUCAAUUGCCCUCUAAUUGGAAGAGAAAGAGGAUUCAUUUCCACGAUUUCAUGUUGAACGUACACAGCCUAUUACAAAAGCACAAGGGGUUGUCAGAUCCACUGGAUGUUGUUGCAGGAGAGAUUUCUGAAGAAGCAGUUUUAUUAUGUCUUGAUGAAUUCAUGGUAACAGACGUUGCCGAUGCAUUGAUACUAAAUCGAUUGUUCAGACAUCUGUUCAGCAAAGGCAUUAUUCUAGUAUCAACUUCGAACCGUGCUCCAGAUAAUCUAUACGAGGGCGGACUGCAGAGGGAUCUCUUUCUUCCCUUCAUUGCAACAUUGAAGGAAAGAUGCGUAGCACAUGAGAUUGGUUCAUCAACUGACUAUCGCAAAAUGACUUCGGGUGGGCAAGGAUUCUAUUUGGUUGGCAGAGAUUCUUCUGGCUUUCUUAAGAAAAAGUUUCAACAGUUGAUUGGCGAAGUCACGGCUACUCCCCAAGAAGUUGAAGUAGUAAUGGGAAGGACACUGCAAGUCCGGUUGGGAGCUAAUGGAUGCGCCUAUUUUCAGUUUGAGGAACUGUGUGACAAACCUCUUGGAGCUGCAGACUAUUUUGGAUUAUUCAGUAAGCCAUAUACAUUUAAACGAAUUUUCUCAUGCAUAUAUAUAUAUAUAUAUAUGUGUGUCCUUCAUGGUUUUUGGUUUUUCGCAGAGAAAUUUCAUACUUUAGCACUCGAAGGCAUCCCGAUUUUCGGGCUUAGCAAUAAAGCAGCUGCACAUAGGUUUGUCACUUUGGUUGAUGUGAUAUAUGAGAACAAGGCCAGAUUAUUGUGUUCAGCUGAUGGGAGCCCUAUGGAUCUCUUCCAAAAAAUAGUAACAGUAUCUGAGGCUAAACAAAUGGCACCUAGGACCUCUUCGAGAUCGAGGAAAAAUGAUGAUUCCGACCUUUGCGUUGACAAUGAACUCGGGUUUGCAAAAGACCGCACCAUUAGUAGGCUGACAGAGAUUAACAGCAGAGAAUACUUGGAGCAUCAUGCAGCCAUAUUAGCAGAAAAGAAAGAAAGAGUGGAUCAGAAUGUACGUGAAGCUUGAAGUGAUGAUAGGGUUCAAAACCUGUAACAGUUUUAUUACACUACCAUUGUUGUAGCAUACAUAGGAAGUUAAUAAUGAAUGAUUGUAUCACAAACAAUAAUUUUAAAUAAUUAGAUUUGGCACUUGCACAGAGAGAAGUGUUAUAUCAGAGUUAUAUCAGAGUUAUUGGGAUUAUUAUUGCCCAAAAAUAAUGUACAAUUGAGUGAUGUAUACAAAUUCAAUUCAUAUGGAGUUUAAGUCUUGCUAACUACUUAUUGAUUAA